UUACCGCAUUUGCUAAAUUAUACUAUUUGUUUACUACAAGUUGAGUGUACUAGUACAAGAUAUUUGAAGACAUGUUUCUGUUAUGUUUAUUCCUUCAUUAUCUAUACCAAUUUAGUUUUGGUAGUGAGUGUAGUCGUCAGGUACAAAUAAAUGGUGAUAUAUUAAGUGAUUGCAGUCCUCAAGUUCAAAUAAAUGAUGGUAUUUUGAGAGGAAAAUUUAUGACUACAAAAGGUGGAAAAAGGUUCAGUGCAUUUUUAGGAAUACCUUAUGCCAAACCUCCAAUAGGUAACCUACGUUUCAAGCCACCUGAAGCGGUUAAACCUUGGAAUGGUAUAUUCAAUGCCACUAAAAUACAUGCAGUUUGCCCACAAAGAGAUGUUUACAGAAGAUCGAAAGUGAUAGAAGGAGAUGAGGACUGUUUGUAUCUUAACGUAUAUACACCACAGGCAUCUGAAUACAGCCAUGACCCUCUCCCUGUAAUGAUUUUCUUCCAUGGAGGCGGCUGGAUUUGCGGAGGAGGAAAUUCCCUAUGGUAUGGUCCCGAUAUUCUUCUAGACAGAGAUGUAGUCCUGGUUGUCACUAAUUAUAGAUUAGGUGCAUUGGGCUUUCUCACGACAGGAGAUGAAAUAGUGCCAGGUAAUAAUGGCUUGAAGGAUCAAGUAAUGGCACUGAAAUGGGUAAACAAUAAUAUCUUUAAAUUUGGGGGAAAUCCCGAUAAAGUAACACUUUUUGGAGAAUCUGCCGGAGGCGCCAGUGCUCAUUUUCACAUGAUGUCACCAUUAAGCACGGGCUUAUUCCAAAGUAUUAUUGCGCAAAGUGGAACCGCACUUUGUACAUGGGCAGUUGCAGGCAAAGGCGAAGGAGUAUCGAAUUCGAAAAAAUUGGCGAAACUUUUUGAUUGUCCCACAGAAUCGAGCAUGGAAAUGGUGGAAUGUUUAAGAAAAAUCAACGCAACGCUUAUCAUAGGCCAGGAUACAGAAUUCAUGGAGUGGGAUUAUGAUCCAAUGAUUCCUUUUAAACCAGUAAUAGAACCGAAAGUUGAAGGAGCAUUUAUGACUGAACACCCUGUAGAAAUGAUUGAAUCUGGGAAGAGUGCUGAUGUGCCAAUGAUUAUUGGUCUCAAUACUGAAGAUGGAGGACUAAAAGCAGCAGGAAUGUUUGAAAAUGCACAUACCAUAGAAGAAUUCGAUGAAAAUUUUAAUAAACUGGCACCAUUAAGUCUAAUGUACAGUAAAAUAGUGAAUGACACGAACUCUGUAACCAAGAAAUUGAAAGAAUUUUAUUUCAGCAAUGAGAAGCUUGACAAAUCCAAAAUAUAUGACUUAAUCCAUCUCUACACCGAUGGGUGGUUUCUAUACUGUGCUGAUGCAGCAAUAAGAUUGCACCUUAGGCACACUAAACAACCAAUUUAUUAUUAUCUCUUUGGACACAGAGGCGCAUCUAGUUUUACAAAAAUAUUUGGAGGAGGUGAAACUGAUUUAGGUGUGUGUCAUGCUGACGAACUGCAGUACCUGUUUCCAAUUGGUGAUGGGCUAUUUCCAGAUAAAGAACCAUCGGAUGACGAUAAAAUGAUAGCUGAACUUUUGACAACAUUGUGGGUAAACUUUGCCGAAACUGGAAAUCCAACUCCACAGUUGAGCAAUUUGAUCAACGAGAUGUGGAAACCAGUCCAAUCAGAUGACAUGGAAUAUUAUUACAUCGGUACCAAAUCGGCAGAGAUGCAAACUGGGUUACUUUUGGAGAGAGCUAAACUAUGGAGGAGUUUUACUACUCAUCACAAGUUAAAACAAAUUAAAGAUGAGUUGUAAAUAGAGGAUACAAAACUAUUUGUCUAAUUUAAUUUAAAUUUGUAUGUACAGCAAUUUAAUAAA